CUGCGAUCCAAAUUUUCCUUCUUGAAGAGCAGAGCAAUGGUCGUCCUGCUACAUUCGAGAAUACAAACACAUUUUAAUGCGAAUGAUUUAAUGUCUACUUUGGAGCUGGCAGGAAAGAUCCAGACGACUCAGAGCAAUGUGCGCGGCGACUGAACAUCUCUGCAGUAAUUCAUGGGAACCACUUGCUUGCAUUUCAAUCCUACCUUUCAUAUUUUAGAUCGCGGUCACUCGACACAACGACGGCGUGACGUUCGCGUGCCCAGCGGAGAUAUCAAACAAUGGUGAUACCUGCAGGGAUGUCAAGCAAAAUUCAAGAAGACGAUGAGAACCACGUUCCGAAAUGGAUCCCCAGCACCCAGGAAAAGAUAAAGUUGUCGAGUGAUGAUAAAGAUGGGGAUCAAGAUGAAUACGAAGAUGAGGAUGAUCUCGGGCUUUUUUCUACGGCGGCUACAGGUAAUUUCUCAUACGAUGACUAUACUGUGGGAUGGAUUUGUGCUCUUCCCAUGUUAGACGAAAUCCACAGGGAUCUGAAAAAGCGUUCAAAUGAUAAUAACACAUAUACCUUGGGGAGUAUCAGCGGACACAAUAUUGUUAUGACCUGCCUACCAGCAGGAGCGUACGGCAUCGCUUCUGUUGCCUCAGUUGCAAGUCAGAUGCAAGCUAGCUUCGGAUCAGUACGUUUCUGGUUGAUGGUAGGCAUCGGCGGAGGAAUACCCAGUGAAAAAACCGAUGUUCGACUAGGCGAUGUUGUGGUUAGUAUCCCGACACCUAACUUUGAGGGGGUGGUGCAGUAUGAUUAUGGCAAAACUGUCGGAGACGGUUGUUUAAAACGUACAGGCACACUCAAUAAACCACCCACAUUGCUUCUGACUGCAGUUGCCAAACUGCGAGUAGACCAUGAGUUGACGUUCAGUCGAAUUCCUGCUUUUCUUUCGGAGAUACCCGACAAGUAUCCUUCUAUGGCAGCUAUGUAUAUGUAUUGUGGUCAACAGCAGGAUCUCUUGUUUGCUGCAGAAUAUGAUCAUGUUGGGUCUAAACAGACAUGUGAGGAUUGCGACAGGAGCAGAUUGAUAGUUCGAUCUCCUCGUCUUGAAAAUAGUCCUAGGAUUCAUUACGGCUUAGUCGCUUCACUGAACCAAUCAAUGAAGAACGGCCGUACUAGGGAUCGACUGGCACAAGAGCUUGGUAUUCUCUGUUUCGAGAUGGAGGCGGCUGGACUAAUGGAUAACUUCCCAUGUCUGGUGAUCCGCGGCAUCUGCGACUACGCCGAUUCGCAUAAGAAUAGGAAGUGGCAGGGAUACGCGGCAGCAACAGCAGCGGCAUAUACCAAAGAACUUCUGUCUGUGAUACCUGCGACAUCAGGUACUAGCGGAGAGCAACGACGAUUUUUCAUGGGCGCCUUAUAUUUUGGUGAGAUCGACGUCCGCCAAAUGACAAUCAAGACCGCUCAUGCCAAAACAUGUAAGUGGCUGCUCAGCGAACCCCAGUAUCAGGACUGGCUCGACUAUAACAAAAUCUCUCAACAUCAUUGCUUCUUAUGGAUCAAAGGGAAGCCAGGCACUGGGAAGUCGACAAUAAUGAAGUUCGCCCUUAAUCAUGCUAAAAGACGCAAGGAUCUGGAAAGGUCAACAAUAGGGAUGUGUCGAUCCCUCUUGUACCAACUGUUGGAAAAGGUUCCUGAGCUUCAGAAUAUCCUUGAUCCCCUUGGAUCACCACCGGAAAGCAGCGAGUAUCACCUAUGGAACAUUGAGAUACUUAAGAAUCUCCUCUGGGGUGCGAUAGUGCAAUUAGGGCAGCGACGUUUGAUGUGCUUUAUUGACGCUCUAGACGAAUGCGAGGAAGAUCAGGUUCGAGAAAUGGUGGAAUUUUUUGAGAAUCUGGAACAACUUUCAGUCUCAGCCAGAAUACAGUUACAUAUUUGCUUUUCUAGUCGACACUACCCACAUGUCACAAUCGGGAAAGGACAGCAGCUGGUUCUGGAAUGCCAGGGAGGUCAUAAUCAAGAUAUAGCCAAUUAUCUGUAUAGCGAGUUAAAAGUCGGGUACAACAAGCAGGCCGAUGAAGUGAGGAUGGAAAUACUUGAAAUGGCAUCUGGUAUUUUCUUGUGGGUUGUCCUUGUUGUCCGGAUACUCAAUAGAGAGUACGAGCGUGGUCGCACUCAUGGGCUUCGUAAGAAGCUUCAGGAGAUCCCAACUGAACUGAACAACUUGUGGAGGGACAUAUUAAUAAGAGAUAACCAGAAUAUGGAGAGCUUAUUCCUAUGUAUACAAUGGAUAUUAUACGCAAAGCGACCACUAAAGCGAGAAGAGCUUUAUUUAGCAAUUUUAUCCGGAGAGAAUCCUCAGGCGCUUACCGAGCGGAAUCUCGAGAAUAUCACUAAACAAAAUAUGGAAAGGUAUCUUCUAAGUUCCUCAAAAGGACUCGCUGAGGUGAUGCACUCAAAGGAUCAAACUGUUCGUUUUAUUCACGAAUCAGUGCAAGAUUUCCUUCUCAAAGAAAACGUACUUCGCGACCUUUGGUCUGAAUUUGGGAAUAAAGGGAACAACUUUCCGAGUUUGAACUUCUCGAGUUGGAGUCAUGAACAGCUCAAAAAGUGCUGUUGCAAUUAUAUGAAGCGGAAGCUGUGAAUCUCCGUCAAUUGAUAGCUGAAAGGCUUCCAUUUAUUGAAUAUGCAGUACUAAAUGUGCUCUAUCAUGCUGAUAUUGCAGAAGGAGGUGGAGUCUCACAAGAUGCCUUUAUUGAGAACUUUCCUCUGAGAGACUGGAUAAACCUCGAUAACCUUGUCGAGAGGUAUCAAGUGCGUCGCCACACACCUGAAGCGAGUCUGUUAUAUAUUCUUGCCGAGAAGGACUUACCAAAUCUCAUCAGGGUUCAGCUAAGACGAGUCUCAAAUAUAGAUAUCCAAGGGGAGCGUUACUGCUUCCAAUAUUUGCAGCCUUGGCCAACGGUAAUAAAAACGCGGUUAGA